AUGGCCCACGGCCCGUCCUGUUCCUUUUUCUUUGCAAUCGCCCUUUGCGCCGUGCUGCAAGAAGGGCUGAGCCAUCCUCUCGCAGAAUCACACCCGGCGGCCGCCAACGGCAAGCACCUGAGGAUGAAGCGAUGUUCUUGCACCAACUGGAUGGACAAGGAGUGCAUUUACUUCUGUCACCUUGAUAUCAUCUGGAUCAAUACGCCGGGCCAUGCCACACCCUAUGGCCUGGGAAAUCUGCAAAAGCGGCAGAAGCGAUCCCUUAGCAGGUGUGAGUGCUCUCAUGCAAAGGACAAUAUCUGCACAACCUUCUGCCAUGGCAAGCCUUGGUAA